GUUCAGGUCUCUUAGACUCAUAUUGUCUUCAUCAUUCGUCAAUGGACUCCAUAAUCAAAUGAUCCUGUCCUUAAACCGUCAACACCAGCCGUCUCAUCUGCUUCCAUAUCCGGCGACCCCGAGAGGACUCAGAGACGAAUUCUUUUUCCUCUCUCUUCUCAUCUCUAAAAUCAGAACAGCUAACCCCGUUUCAAUUCAUCAUAAUUUCUCCCGAUCGUGAUGAAACGAGAGGGAUUAUCUCAGGACUAGCUCGGCCGCUGGUCUUCGAUCGAAUACUUCCGUCAAUUCACCGACUCGAUAUUUGUUAACUUUCACAGCUGAAACCUGUCUUCAGCAGAGUCUCCAACUCCAAUCGCCGGAUUUCACGGCUUUCAGUUUCAGGAAGCUUGUGUCUAUUGGUAGUGAAAUUGGACAAUCCCGGUUGACUCCAGUCAAACCACGUUUUCCUACAAGAACGAAGUGGUAUUCGGAUAGUCAGACACAGAAGACUCAUUUUCAACUCUCAAUUUCUCACCGGUUCAUGCACCAGAGACAGCCGCGAGCUUCACCGUAGCCAACCCGGGCGGCAGCUAGUCCUUGCUUCGUCACUCUACGAACCGUCUUUGGGGAUACACAGACCGAGACCCACUAAGUGCUGUCUGGCACCUUUGCUCUGAAUACCUUUUCCUGUUUCACAGCCUGCCCCUAUUUUUUCGGUGAACAACUAGCUCGACCACUGGUGGCCGCGCGCCCUUUUCCAUCUUAUUUUCAAAACCGUCAUCCGUCUCCCCCUGCUUUAUUGAUCUACGCAAGCUGUGGUUCCACUCAGCCCCAUCAAUCUUCUCCCUUUCUGGUUGAUUCCCGCGGGAUCCGCAAUUGAGCUUUGGACAGAGAUCCUGAUUUUAGGCUGAGAUGAGAACUAGAGAGAGAAUGAGACUUAAAUGAGGAUAGAAGUAGAGAAUUCGAGAUUACAAGAACACUCAGAAGUCAGACUGAUUUCAGGCGCUUGAAAGAGGAAGCACUGACUAGGUGGUUCAGUAAUGGAGUCUUGCAAUUGCAUUGAGCCGCCAUGGCCAGCUGAUGAAUUGUUGAUGAAAUAUCAGUAUAUUUCAGAUUUCUUCAUUGCACUUGCUUAUUUUUCCAUCCCUCUUGAGCUAAUCUACUUUGUGAAGAAAUCUGCUGUGUUUCCAUAUAGAUGGGUCCUUGUGCAGUUUGGUGCUUUUAUUGUUCUUUGUGGGGCAACUCAUCUUAUUAAUUUAUGGACGUUUACCAUGCACACUAGAACCGUGGCAGUGGUGAUGACCACUGCAAAGGUUUUGACUGCGGUUGUGUCUUGUGCAACUGCACUUAUGCUUGUCCAUAUUAUUCCUGAUUUGUUGAGUGUGAAAACUAGAGAGCUAUUUCUGAAGAACAAAGCUGCGGAGCUUGACAGAGAAAUGGGUUUAAUCCGCACACAGGAAGAAACAGGCCGGCAUGUUAGGAUGUUGACUCAUGAGAUUAGAAGCACUCUUGAUAGACAUACUAUUUUAAAGACCACUCUAGUUGAACUAGGUAGAACAUUGGCACUGGAAGAGUGUGCCUUGUGGAUGCCAACACGUAUUGGGUUAGACUUACAACUUUCUUACACUCUCCGUCAGCAGAACCCCAUUGGGUAUACGGUACCUAUUCAACAUCCUGUGAUCAAUCAAGUCUUCAGUAGUAGUCGUGCAGUAAAAAUAUCACCAAAUUGUCCUGUGGCAAGAUUACGGCCUCUUGCAGGAAACUACAUGCCUGGGGAGGUCGUUGCGGUUCGUGUUCCGCUUCUGCAUCUCUCCAAUUUCCAAAUUAAUGAUUGGCCUGAACUUUCGACAAAACGGUAUGCUCUGAUGGUUUUAAUGCUUCCAUCAGAUAGUGCAAGGCAGUGGCACGUCCAUGAAUUGGAACUUGUUGAAGUGGUUGCCGAUCAGGUGGCGGUUGCUCUUUCACAUGCUGCAAUAUUAGAAGAGUCAAUGCGGGCAAGGGAUCUACUUAUGGAGCAAAAUGUCGCGCUUGAUCUUGCAAGAAGAGAAGCAGAAACUGCUAUUCGUGCUCGGAACGAUUUUCUGGCUGUUAUGAACAAUGAGAUGAGAACUCCAAUGCAUGCAAUCAUUGCUCUUUCCUCCUUGCUCCAGGAGACUGACCUAACACCUGAGCAGCGAUUGAUGGUUGAAACAAUUCUUAAGAGUAGUAACCUUUUGGCAACUCUAAUUAAUGACGUUUUAGAUCUUUCCAGGCUUGAAGAUGGGAGCCUUCAACUGGAACUUGGAACUUUUAAUCUUCACUCUUUGUUCAAGGAGGUCCAUAAUUUGAUAAAGCCCGUAGCUUCUGUUAAAAAGUUGUUGGUUACAUUAAAUUUGGCCCCAGAUUUGCCAGAAUAUGCUAUUGGCGAUGAGAAACGCCUAAUGCAGGUUAUUUUAAAUGUUGUUGGUAAUGCGGUGAAAUUCUCAAAGGAAGGUAGCAUCUUGAUCAAUGCAAAACUAGAAUCUUUAAGAGAUUCUCGAGCACCUGAUUUUUAUGCAGUCCCAAGUGAUAGUCACUUCUACUUGCGUGUGCAGGUGAAGGACUCAGGAUCAGGGAUUAGCCCUCAAGAUAUCCCAAAGUUAUUUACGAAAUUUGCACAAACUCAAUCUUUGGCAACCAGAAAUUCUGGGGGUAGUGGGCUUGGCCUUGCUAUUUGCAAGAGGUUUGUGAAUCUCAUGGAGGGCCAUAUUUGGAUAGAAAGCGAAGGGCUUGGCAAAGGAUGUACUGCUAUUUUUAUUGUAAAACUUGGAAUUCCAGAGCGCUCAAAUGAAUCGAAGCUCUCUUUCUUGCAUAAAGUGCCAGCCAGUCAUGGACAGACAAAUUUCUCGGGACUUAAAGUUCUUGUCAUGGAUGAGAAUGGGGUUAGCAGAAUGGUGACUAAAGGACUUCUAUUGCAUCUGGGUUGUGACGUGACGACUGUGGGCUCAGGCGAUGAGUGCUUGCGUGUAGUUUCUCAAGAGCACAAAGUGGUGCUGAUGGAUGUGUGCAUGACCGGUAUAGAUGGGUAUGAAAUUGCCGUUGGCAUACAAGAGAAAUUUGGAAAGCAUCAUGAAAGGCCAUUGCUGGUGGCGCUAACAGGAAACACUGACAAAGUGAUCAAGGAGAACUGCUUGAAGGUUGGGAUGGAUGGUGUUCUAUUGAAGCCUGUAUCGCUGGAUAAAAUGAGGAGCGUGUUGUCUGAUCUUCUCGAGCAUCGGGUACUACUCGAUUCUAGGUAAAGGCAUGGAUGAACAGAGGGAAAAUGUCCUUAUAGUGGCAGUAGAAAGAAUUAUUUUGUAUAAGGAGUUUACGCAAAUGUAGUAUUCCUUAUAUACUCCAGUCUUUCUCAUGGUAAUAAUGGAAAGGAAUACUACGAGGGCGUAUGCACGUUAUAUGAAAUAAUUUUUCGAACAAUAAUUUUGUGUACAUACAACAGGAUAUUAGGGCAUUUCAGUCCAGCCAGUGUAUCGCCGGCCGGCCGCAAGUUGAUUUGUUGCGAUAAGAACUUGUUAUAUAAGAGGUUGAAGAGAUGGUUAAAAAAGAAGAAGAGGUUGGGGGGGGAAACUACGGAUUCGUUUUUGCUUUUUAAUUUAUACUUGUUGAAAACGAGGGUUUGAUAUUUUCAGUACCUUUGUAAUAUUAUGUUCCUCUAUAAUUAUGGAAGUUGGAUGUUAAAAAUAUUU